AUGACCGGAUUCUAUAGAUAUCCUUAUGAUUCAUCCACAGAAAGUAAUACUGUUGAGCUCAUUCAUGACACAUUCCAAAGUCUCAGUGAUUGGGAUGGCUUUAUGGUCGAUGGAUACAACGGCGUUGCAAUGGACACUCACAUCUACCAGAUGUUUUCAGAUGAGCCUCUCGCCAUCACAAAGCUGAGUCUCACCAUCACCACCAUGAAGCUGGAUCUUUCCUCAGGCGUGUCCACCAUGCCAUCAUGGCCCUUGGCUUAUGGGAAGGUCGUGCUGUUGCAUUCAUUCUUGGCCAGCUCCUCUGAGAAGGAAAAUUCAGGCAAUGUCAAGGAGCUUCUUCCUGAUGGGUCUGUCUUGCGGGUCUAUCGCCAUCAUGAAGCUGAGUCUCACCAUCACCACCACAAAGCUGGAUCUUUCCUCAGGCGUGUCCACCAUGCCAUCAUGGCCCUUGGCUUAUGGGAAGGUCGUGCUGUUGCAUUCAUUCUCAUGUUGUUCAAGGAGGUCGUGUCCUCUAUGGACUGUCCAUCCCGCCGCUCCCAGACACCGAAUCACCAAGAUGAUAAUAUCAACUUCAAGAUCGUUUCGACCCUUGCGCCCCAAGACCCUCUUCAGUCUCUCCCACAACCCCAGUGGGACCUCUGA